CAGAAAAUUAAUUGAGUCAAUUAAGUUUUUAAUUAAGUAUUAGAUUUUUGUGUUUCACACACAAUCAGCUGCUCGAUUAACGAGUGGCUGUCAGCUGUCUUAAAAGAAUUUUUGUUUAUUUAAAAUAAAUUGGUAAAAUGGAAAACAAUAAGUGUUUAAGCGAACUUUUUCUUGCGUAUACUGCAAAUAUACAAGUUUUGCAGUCAGUGCUGGCAAGCUACGCAAGUUCAAUGGCCUUAUAUAAAAAAAGAAAAGAAAAAAACUUCAUAAUUUUGCAACAUUUGCGAAGACAGCAGCUAUUGCUUUACGGGUUACUGCAGAGGAACGCUACUCAGAGAUCCCUCUGGAAAUUGAAUCGGCAGUCUUCUUUCUGGGAAGUUAAUUGCAAUUGCAACGAUGACCAUUUCUUUAAGACGCACUUCCGCAUGAACCGCACUAGUUUUGAAACACUCUGUGGCUUCCUCAAAAACCUGCACAAAGCCGACACAAACUGGCGCAACGCGAUUCCAUUGCAAAAACGCGUUGCGAUAGCUCUAUUUACGCUGGGAUCGUCUGGAGAGUACAGAGUGGUUUCCGAACUAUUUGGUGUUGGAAUAUCGACCGUGUGCACAAUCUUGUGGGAGUUUUGCGAUGAAGUCUGGCAAGCUUUGUCAGCGCAAUACAUAAAGAAAUUACCACCGACUCCACAAACUUUAAAAGACUGUGUUGAUGGUUUUGACCGUCUCGGCUUUCCCCAAUGCCUUGGAGCAAUUGAUGGGUGCCACAUCGAAGUUAGGCCGAAUCCAGCCGAUGCAACCGACUACCACAACUAUAAAGGAUGGUAUUCCAUUGUUCUACUAGCUGUAGUGGAUUACAGAUAUCGGUUUUUAUAUGUGAACAUUGGUGCUCCUGGACGAUGCAAUGACUCGCAGAUAUAUAAUGCAUCGUUAAUGAAGCGAGUAAUGGAGGAGAACGAAUUACUGAAGGUCAGUAAGAAAGAAAUAGGUGGAGUACAAAUGCCUAUAUGCAUUAUUGGAGAUUCUGCGUUUCGGUUUUCCACCUCCUUAAUGAAGCCAUACGCGUUUUCAAUGGCCUUAACUGAAACACAAAAACUCUAUAAUUAUAAGCUUUCAAAGUGCAGAAGAGUAGUUGAGAAUGCAUUUGGCCACUUGAAAGGACGAUUCCGUCGUGUUGGAAAAGGUUUAGACAACCGAAUUGGGAAGGCACCCAUCAUUAUUAGAGCCUGCUGCGUCUUGCACAAUUAUUUAAAUGAAAUGAACGACACUAUAAAUGACAUGUGGUUGGAGAGAUUGCAAGAAGUGAACAGAAAUCUCGAAAAUCCUGAAUAUGUCACGAUAGUUGGAGACAAUCAACCCUCAGCUGAAGAAAUAAGGCAAGGAUUAUGCAAUUAUUUUAGCUCAACCGCAGAAGCUGAGCUGCUAGGCAUUGGUGACGACGGCGAUGAUAGCGGCGGUGACGGUGUGGGGAGCGGUGUGGUUGGCAGAGGAGUGAGAGGUGAUGACAGCGGCGGUGACGGUGUAGGCAGCGGUGUGGUUGGCACAGCAGGAAGAGGUGAUGCCAGUGGUGAGGAAAAUGUUGGGCUGAGUGAUGACGGCAAUAUUGGGGUCAGUGGUGAUGGCUGGGAUGCUAUAUCGGAUUCUGUUUAAAAGAAAAAAAAACAAAUAAGAAUGAAAUAAAAAAAAUCAGCAUUAAAUAAAUACAUAUGUUCAUAUGUGCUUGUAUCGAAGUUAAAAAGAUAGGGUACGGUCAGCGUUGGCACUUUGCUACGAUCGUAGUAAAUAAUAAUUUGCGGAUC